GAUUUCUGUCGAUAAUUCGCGAUGAAGAGGGAGCCUUUGGAUCGCGCGCUGUCAGGAGGCGGUGACCUCUGACCGCGGGUUCAACCCUCCUCGGGUCACGGGUCACAGGUCAGACGGGGGUGGGGAGGUGAACCACUUCCGGGAGCGGAUGGCGGCUGCUGUCUCGUCCGUGCGGAGAAUGGGGAGCGGUUUCACCUUCAUCGACAUUGGAAUAAACUUGACAGAUCCAAUGUUUCGUGGGAUUUAUCGUGGCUCGCGGAAACAUCAAGGUAACUCCUUAAAAACUGAAUCCAAUCUUGAAGCCAUGAAAUCUAUCCCGAGUGAAAAACUGAUGAUAGAAACUGAUGCACCAUGGUGUGGAGUAAAGAACACGCAUGCUGGUGCUAAAUUUGUGACAACCACCUUUCCAACAAAAAAGAAGUGGGAAGAGGGACACUGCCUCAAGGACAGGAAUGAACCAUGCCAUAUUGUACAAAUAUUGGAGAUAAUGGCUGCAGUGCGGGAAGAAGAUACACGUGAGCUGAGCAACACUAUGUACAAUAAUACUGUGAAGGUCUUCUUUCCUAAUAGUUGAUCAACAAUCAUAUCAUCCUGACCAAUUGAUUUUAAGUUUACACAACCUAAGAGGCAGCUGGCAAUGGCAUCCAUUUCCAGGAUGGUGCUACCUAGUUUUUGUUGUUGAAUCCAAUGCAUGAGCUA